AUGGCAGAGCCCCACAACACGCCGAUGCCCGCGAGUACGCCAGUACCAGCAUCUACUCCACGAUCAUCCUCCCCCGUACCACCCCUCCCUAGCCUUGCGCCCAACGCUUCCAUAAGCACAAUUUCACGACGAUUACCACGACAAUACUCAAACGACGGAAGACGGCCCAUCGUCCUUCAUAUCGGCGAUCCCAUCAAAUAUAACCUCGCCACGUAUACCGAGUUCAGCCAAGCGUUCGAGGUUAUCCGACCCAGUACCGCAGAGAGAGAACGAAGCGAGUUCAAGAAAGCACUGAAAGAACAACGAUGGGGUGACUUCAGCGCCAUAUUCCGGCCAUUCUGGGGUACUGGCAGCGAAAUGGGUCGUUGGGACGCUGACCUUAUCAGCUUGCUGCCGAUCUCGGUCAAGACACAAAAGUUCUGGGUGAAAGAGGUGUGUCCCGCAGCCGCUGAAGCCGUUGCCGACUUUGCUGUGGCAAUGGUCAUCUCGACCUUCCGGCACCUCCCCUGGUGCAUGGGCGCUGCGGCACUCCCAUAUUCACUCUCAACGCCCUCUUCCUCCGACUUCAUGACCGCAUCCGUGUACUCGAUAGCCAGCAAGACCUUCCAGGCAUGCCAUUCUCUCGCAACAGCUGUCUCACACAACCCGCGCAACCAUGUCCUCGGUAUCAUAGGGCUUGGUAACAUCGGCCAACAGAUUGCUGCCAAACUCGGCUCAGCUUUCGGCAUGAGGAUUGCAUAUUAUGACGUUGUGCGCAAACCUGCCCCCUUAGAGUCAUCUCUCGGGGCUAGUUAUCACUCCAGUCUAGAGAAGUUAUUGGCUAUGUCCGACUGCGCGGUGCUCUGCACACCUGCUUCAGCCGAUGGGAGGCCUAUUAUCACCACGGAUGUCCUGAAACAUAUCAAGAAAGGCUCAAGAUUCGUGAACGUUGCACGGGGAAGUUUGGUCGACGAAGAAGCACUGGCAGACGCGCUGGAGGACGGGAGAAUCAGCGCCGCGGCCUUAGAUGUGCAUGCUGAGGAGCCCAGUGUGAGCCAGAGGCUGGUAAAAAUGGCAUUUGGAGAACAUGACAUUGUCAGAAGCAACGGUCAAAAGGAGGCAAAAUCCAGCUUCGACCACCCUGGAAAAGUCAUGUUGACCUGUCAUAAUGCUGGUGGUACGGUCGAGACGCAUAUCGGGUUUGAGGAACUGAGCAUGAGGAAUAUCAUGGCGGUUCUGGGAGGGCAGAAGGCUAUAACUCCGGUCAAUAUGCACUAUUUGAAAGCCACGGAGUAA